AUGUUGUUCACGGUGGCGUUGCGGGGGCUCGCGCUGGCGUUCUUGGUGUGGGUGUUGCUCACCACCAGUGUCCCGCAAUUGCUUGCCCGGCAAGCGGACAACCCCGUCGGCACCGUCGCCGACUACCUGCUCCUGUCGAACGUGUUACACGACGCCAAAGUCGUGUACGUGAUCGCCCACCCGGACGACGAAGUGAUGUUUUUCCUGCCCCUGGUAUUGGAGCUUGCUAAGCCUCAGCACCAUAACCAUCUUCUGAUCGUGUGCUUCAGUGAUGGCGACGCUGAUGGUCUCGGCGCAAUAAGAAGACAAGAGCUCGAGCGGCUGGCAAAGAUGUUGGGCGUCGACGAUGUGGCGAUCCUUGACUUUGUCGACGGCAUGAACGUCACCUGGGACGCCGACGCCGUUGCCGAUGCUUUAAAGCCGUUUGUUAGUCGCGAUAGCGUCAUCAUCACCUUUGACGACCACGGGGUGCUGGGCCACCCCAACCACAUCAGUUUGUACCACGGUGCCGUCAAGUUGGUCAAACGCACCAAGAACACGUUGUUCAAGCUCAAAUCGCUCAAUUUCAUCGACAAGUACUCGUUUACCCUCAUAACGCUGGUGGAGCUAUUUGUCAACUAUGUCACUCGCCUAGUGCACCAGGUGUUUGGCAUCAACAUCAACAUCCUGUUCUACCCGUCGCUGAGUGGGGAGAUGAGAUUCUAUAGCGACAUCAACGCCGUCGCCGCCGCCUACGGGGCGAUGAUGUACGGCCACUACUCGCAGAUGGUGUGGUUCCGCUACGGGUGGCUUCUCUUCAGCCGCUACCUCACCUACAACCACUUAAUCCAAGUGGUGUGA